GAUUUGUGAGGCGGUAAGCUACUGACUAUUCAUAAAUUUUGUCAAGAACGAAUAUAGCUGCCAUAGAGAUAUUGUUGAUAAUGAAGUUCAAAUUGGAGCUCUUCAUAAUUCUUGUGAAUAUAUGGAUAAUUCAAGCAGCCGACAAAACUAAUUGUAAAUAUGAAGCAGAGAAAGUUCCACCAACAAGAAGUUGCCGUAAAUCAUGCAAAAAUGAUAUCGAUUGUAAAUCAAAACGAAAAACAUGUAACUGUGAUAACGUUUGCGGAAUGAGCUGCUUCAACAAAGAAGCGGAAUGCGAGACACUCCCAGAAAAAAUUGAUAACGGUGAUGUCAAAUAUACCAGUACAGUUUAUGGAUCUAUAGCUACGUAUUCUUGCAAUGAUGGAUUUUCGUUGCAAGGAGAUGAGCAAACGGUUUGUCAGUCCGACAGAAAAUGGUCUGGAAAACCACCAAAAUGUGUGAAUGAAAAUGCAUGCAGUUUUCCUCCAAGGCACAGUAUUGGAUUUCCCAACACAGACAAAAGUGCUUUCCAACCGGGAGACAUUGUCACAUACGAGUGUAGAUUCGGAUAUACUCUAUCUGGGAAUGAAAAUGUAACAUGUCAGUCUGAUCGUACGUGGUCACCUAUAACAUUUCUAUGUAAAAAGGUUAGUUGUGGAGAUCCUGGAAGCCCCUUGAACGGAUAUGUUGAAGCAGAGAAUUUUCUAUUUGGAAGCUGGGCUGUCUAUAGAUGUGACAAAGGUUAUGAAAUAACCAAUCCAAGGAGAUAUCGACUAUAUUGCUCUACGAAUGGGAGGUGGUCUGGAGAACGACCCACUUGCACAAUAAAGACUUGUCCGGCACCCAAACAACCUUUGAAUGGAGAAGCUAAUGCUCGUGGAUUUGAGUUUGAAGAUAGAGUAAAGUAUACAUGUAUACAAGGAUACGUUAUUAGAGGUAAUGAUGAAGGAAUGUGUGACGAAAACGGAGAGUGGGGAGAAGUUCCUAGAUGUGAAGUCGACGUUAAUUGUGACUUUGAUAAAUCCGGCAGGGAACUUUGUGGAUACACUGACGAAGGUGAUGUUCAAUGGAAAAGAGUAUUUGAAUCAGAUUCAAGAUCUGGUCUCCCUGGUUAUAUCAUGAAGUUUCAACCACAGUCAAGUCCUUUACAGAACGCAAUAUUACGUUCUCCAGUCAUUCCAAGCAAAGUAACGCAUUGUCUUCAAUUUUACUAUAUGGUGAAAAAUCAAUUUGGAUCCAAUAACGACGUUUACAUUGAAUUGAAUGGUAAAAGUGUCGGAGGCAUCGCACCUGGAGAAGUUACUGUUCCGGCAAAUCGUUGGGUCGGUUUUCAAAAAUCUCUAACACCUAAUGGAGGAAAUAUGAUUGUUUUUGAAAUAAUUGCGAAGGGAAGUAUUGGAUUCAGUAUGGAUGAUAUAGUCCUCAAUAAAAAAGAAUGUGUCAGUCCUUGUGAAAACGAAAAUCCUUGCAUGAAUGAUGGGCAGUGCAUCGAUGAAAUUAAGGAAUCUUAUUGCUCAUGCACACAAUUUUAUAAAGGACGAAGAUGCGAGAAAGAAAUAGUUUGUUCAAAACCGUGGUCUUUCCCGCAUGGAACUAUCAAAGCUCCUGCCAAAAUUCGAUAUGGUACAACAAUAUCAUAUUUAUGUAAUGCUGGUUACAGAACACGUGGAAAUUCCCGAGCGACAUGUACUGAAAAGGGUCUUUCAUCGUCACCACCUGAAUGUAUAAAAAUUUCUCAGCGGACGAAAAAUUGUCCAGAUGGUUACAAAGAACUGGUUGACUCUUGCUUUCGUCAAUAUUCUGGACCAAAAAAUUACGAAGGAGCAAAAAGGGUAUGCGAAAAUGAUGGAGGCCAUUUGGCAAAUAUACAGAGCAAGCGGGUAAAUGAUUUUUUAUGGGACAAUGCAUGGGGAAACUACGCAAACUACUGGAUUGGCUUGCACAAUGUUGAUUCUAAUAUGCUCUGGUCAAAUGGAGAGAAGUUUGAAAGAGGACACGGAAUUGAUUUCGACCUCAGCGGAGCUACAAGUAACAAUUGCGGAAAAUAUUAUUACCGUUACCAGGCUUGGGUAACCCAGGCUUGGCAAAUUCGCUUUGAUGACUGCAGCGAAAAGACGAGAUUUAUUUGUGAAAAAUGGAAAGAAAAUGUAAACAAUUAUGUUGUUGAAACAUCGAGGAAUAAUUAUUUACCGAAAAUUGAAGGGGUAUAUAAACCUGUGUCCGGACUUCUAACAUUUGAAGAAAAACGCCAGAUAUACAGAAAAGAAAAUGAUUUCGAUAUGUAUCUGUUCUAUGAAUAUCAUUCAGGGCUCAACAAGCGAAAUUGGUUCAUUGGCGGGUAUAGUAUUCCACUGGGUAAACCAUCACACCAAUACGAAGUACGUACAUAUUCAAACGUGAUAGAACCGGAUGGGAUAAAAACUCAAUGGAAAGAUUCUGAUGGACGCUCAAUUGAUAUCACGAUAGAGAAACAUGAUAUGUGGCAAGAAUGGUCAGAGUGGGAAUGCGAUGUGAUAUGUGGACCUGGAAAGAAAGUUCGUACUCGUAGUUGUAAGAAUGGGGCAGCAGGGUCAAGAGACUGCAAAGGAGAAACCUGGCAGGAAGAUGUUUGUAAUUCAGAUUGUGGAACUUCACAAGUUCAUAACAAAAAAGACUUGGAAUUGGAUCAUAACGGAAUAAUGUAUCUAUUCAAAACGGAUAAAGUUUCCUGGGAUGUAGCAAAAAUGAACUGCGCCAAUGUUGGAAGCAUUCUAGCCAAAUCAACGGAUCGCGACGUACAGCGAAAGCUGGGUGAGAAGAUUCUUCAAAUCCUGGAUGUGGAUGGAAUUGCGACCAAUUAUUGGAUUAAUGGGAUUUACGACACUAAUACAUGGAGAUUUCAAGAUGGGACUGUAAUUCCAAGAGAUCAAAGAUUAUGGAACAACCAUGAGCCAAAUAGGGAUGGAACCGCUAGGGAUUGCGUUGAAAUAUCCCCAACUGGUUGGAACGAUCAUGGAUGUGCAAUUAGAAGAAGAUACAUAUGUCAAAAAGAAUCAAUGAAAAAAGGUCCAUGCUAUCCUGAUCCGUGUAAUGAUCGAGGAAAUUGUCGUGUCGGCAGUGAUGGGGAUUUCAUAUGUCAUUGCAGACUGCCUUUCAACGGAAAAUCUUGUGAAAGAGGCGAUGAAUUGUCCAAUAUAAUAACUUCCAAGCCGUCAAUGAUACGAACAACAACAAUGCCGAACAUGAAUGACCCGUGUUCACCAGAUCCGUGUAAUGGUGGUGGUAGAUGUAGCAUUUUAGCCCAUGGAAAAGCGAUUUGUUUUUGUAAUCCUGAAAACCUGGGAAAAUAUUGCGAGAUAAAGAACGCAUGUAACCUAGACAGAAUUUCCGGUGACGUCAAAAUUUAUAAUGGAGGAAAAUUACUCAAAUCAAGCGAUGCUAUAUCAGAAGGAGUUACUGUGAAUAUGAAAUGCGAAAAUGAUCAAAAAACAGUAGUUGGAGAUAAAACGAUAACUUGUAAUGGUGGAAAUAACUGGUCAAGGAGUGCUAAGAUUCUCUGCUCAAACAAACUUGAAGUAUGCGUCUUGGAGAAUCUUCCUGAAAAUCUUGAGGUUUUUUAUGAGACUGGUGAUAGAGUAUUGUCGUCACCUGUCAGAGUCCUAUCCGGAAAAUCCUUAAGGUUUGGUUGUAAGCCACCAGAGCAAUCGAAAGAAUAUAAUGUACAUUGCGUGAACGGCAAGUGGGAUACCAGCAUCCCAACGGAAUGCGUUUCUCGUGCAAAUUGUCCUAAUUUACCAAGGUUGCAAAAUGGAAAAAUGACCGUAAUACCGACAGGAUCUUCUCCACCGUAUGAGCCUGGUGUGUCCAUAAGUUUUUCUUGUAACAAAUCAUACAAGCUAGACGGACCUCACAUGAUAGAAUGUAGAAGAAACGGUCAGUGGUCUGAAAAACCUGCAAUAUGUAAAGAAGUCGGAUGUCUUUUGUUCACCAUCGAUCUUAAAGCUAAAGUGUAUGUGAAGGAUUUUGACGGCAGAGACAAUAUCGGAGUUGAAUCAGGAGAUCGACUUGUACUAAAAUGCAAAAACUCUAAAAAGAAAGUACCAAUUCAAUGCAUGGGAAAAUUAAAAUGGGAACCUGCAUACGAAUCUGUUACAUGUCCAUAAAUUUUGCUUUGGGUCAAAUAUAAAAAAAUAUUAUUGAUCAUAAUUCUGCUUAUUCAUGAUGCAAAAACAUGACAUUUCAAUGAUAAAGAUUAAUAAUAAAACCAGCACCAAGUGAACUACCACAGUGUAUCGAUAGUGCCGCAAACGCUACCAAGGUGCAAGUUGUACGUA